GUCCAGUCUGAGAUGCUCUCUACUCUUAAAGAAUUUCAUGUGUCUUUAAAGAGCAAAGAGCCUGAAGCCCCCAUCGCAGGGCCCUCUUCUCAAGAAAGUUCCUCUUCGCAGAUUUUUAGAGUCCGCCAGGAAUCCCUUGGUUCCUUAGUAUCUGACUCGGAAGAUUCAGAGAUUCCUCCCCAGGAGGAAGGUUCUAUUGGUCAGGCGGAAGAAGAAAAUGAGGAUACUAGGACAGGCAGAUAUGUCUUUGCUGCCGACGACAUGGAAGGUCUCCUUGAGGCAGUGUACGCCUCCGAGGAGAUUCCACAGCCUACGGAAGAAAUUUCCACACAGGAUGCUCCCCUCGCGCAAAUUUCCAAACAGUCGGACCUCUCCUUUGAGGACACAGGCAACUUGAAGGAUCCUAUGGAUCGGCGGGCAGAGACCUCCUUGUGUAGGGCCUGGGAAGCUAAUGCGGCUGCCUUGAGCCCCGCAUUGGCUUCGGCCUGUAUUGCUAGGAAUGCUAAUUCUUGGAUCUCCAAGUUGAUGGAACAUGUGUCCCAGGGUUCAGACUCUAAGGGGAUUCUAGAAUCCCUUCAGCUCAUAGGGAGCGCAGUAGCUUAUUUAGCAGACACCUCAGUAGAGACGGUACGUUCUACCGCAAAGACAGGAGCCCUCCUCAACUCUGCCAGAAGAGCAGUAUGGGUCAAGAUGUGGAAUGGGGACCUUGCGUCUAAGAACCGCCUUUGUGGUCUUCCCUUCGAGGGCUCCCUCCUCUUCGGUACGGGCCUGGAUCAGGCCCUGACUAGGUCCUCAGAAAAAGGGGUGCGUUUUCCUACUAAGCCUAGACAAAACAAGAAAAAGUUUUUUCGAGGCCCCCAGGGGGGGUUUGGAGGUAAGAACCGUUCCUCGGAGAAGAAGGCCCCUUACAACAGACGUUGGGGUGCUGGGAAGGAAAAACAAAAAGGGGGUAUCCUUUUUUCCAAUCCAAAACCCAGCGACAAGGACUCCAAAUGACGGGAAGGUCGGGGGAAGACUCUCCCAGUUCCUUCCCAGGUGGGAGAGUAUUACUCAAAGUCCCCACAUUCUCCAAAUCGUAAGGGAGGGGUACAAACUAGAGUUCCGUCAGCUUCCCCCUCCAAACUUUAUUCUGACUCACUUACCCAAGGACCCUCUCAAGUCAGCAGGCCUUCUGCAAAAUGUCUCAGAACUGGCACAACAGGGGGUCAUAGUUCCAGUCCCUGUGUACCAGAGAGGGUUGGGAGUGUACUCCCACAUCUUUGUGGUCCCCAAGCCUUCAGGCAAAUUUCGAUUGAUUAUCAAUCUGAAACCCCUGAAUACCUCCCUCCUCCACAAGAGGUUUCGAAUGGAGAGUAUUUACAGCCUCAGGAGGCUCCUACUAAGAGAGGUAUUCAUGGUCACCAUCGAUUUAAGAGACGCGUACCUCCAUGUCCCAAUCUUCUUGGGUCAUCAGAGGUUCCUCAGGUUUGCGAUCGCCUCCGCCCAGGGAGUACAGCAUUGGCAAUUUGCUGCCCUUCCUUUCGGACUGGCCUCCAGUCCAAGGGUCUUUACCAAGGUCCUGGCGGAGGCGAUCGCUUUCCUGCACCUACAAGGGAUAGCGUUAGUUCCCUAUCUCGACGACUUGAUACUAUACAAUCAAAGUCGAGAUCUCCUUCUUUCGGAUCUAGCCACUGUGAUGACUACCCUCGAGUCCUUGGGUUGGAUCAUCAACAAGGAGAAAUCCUCACUCCUUCCAGAGCAGAAGAAACUCUAUCUAGGGUUUCUGAUAGAUUCCUUGGAGAGGAAGCUCUUUUUACCCAACGACAAGAUCCGGGGUCUCAUGUCAGUGGUCAGAUCAACGUUAGAAGGAGUAGAGUCCUCCUUCAGGGACAUCAUGAGAGUUCUAGGCCUAAUGACCUCCUGUAUUCCAGCAGUCCCGUGGGCUCAGCUCCACUCCAGACCCCUCCAAUUUUUCCUUCUUUCCUCCUGGGACGGAAGAAGGGAAUCCCUAGAGCUCAGAGUCAGUCUCCCAGAACCAGUGAAGCUCUCACUGGGCUGGUGGCUCAUCCCACAGAACCUACAGCAAGGUCUGUCGUGGGGCCAGAUCAAUCCGGUCAGGAUCACCACGGACGCCAGCUCAUGGGGGUGGGGCGCACAUCUGGACGAUCUCCGUGCCCAGGGUACCUGGGGACAACGACAGAAGGGGGCCUCUUCAAAUUACCGCGAGUUAUUAGCGGUCGGAGAGGCUCUGAAGGCAUUCGAGGACAGAGUCUUGGACCAGGAGGUCCAGAUCAUUUCCGACAAUGCGACCGCGGUGGCCUUCCUCAACCAUCAGGGGGGCACCAGAUCUCGCACCCUUCUAGACUUGUCCUUAGAGAUCCUGGGCUGGGCCGAGCAGAGAGUUCUCUCACUCUCGGCGGUACACCUGAAAGGGACCCUCAAUCUGGAGGCAGACUAUUUAAGUCGCCAUCCCAUUCUCCAGGGAGAAUGGGAACUAAAUACAGAGAUUUUCAGUCUAAUAUGCCAGCACUUUGGCAGCCCAGAGAUAGAUCUCUUCGCCCGCAGGGCAAACCGGAAGGUGAAGAGGUUCUUCUCUCUCUCCCGAGAACACGGCUCGGAGGGGGUGGAUGCACUGGCACAGGUAUGGAGGUUCCAGCUAGCCUAUGCCUUCCCUCCCUUGAGCCUGAUUCCGAGAGUCCUGCAGAAGGUAAAUCUAGCAGUAGGGAAGUUCAUUCUCGUCACACCCUGGUGGCCCAAGAGGGCCUGGUUUCCCGCUCUAGAGCGAGGGUCAGUGUUGCCUCCCCUACUUCUCCCUGUCCGGGCGGACCUUCUUCGUCAGGGUCCGAUUUAUCACCCAGAACCCGGCUUCUUCAAGCUGACGGCCUGGUGCUUGAGAGGCGGAACCUGAGGGAGAAGGGCUGCUCCGAGAGAGUUAUUGACACGC